UCGAAAACACAUCUCUAUCUCGACAUCUAUCAACUGACGUAAUUGACAUUUGUGACUUCUACCAAGUUUCCGCAGCGCAAUCGAGUUUCCUGUUUCUCUUCAAUAGAAACUAAAAUGCCUCCCAAGAAGGAUGCAAAAGCUUCUGCCAAGCAACCUCAAAAAACCCAAAAGAAGAAGGAAGGAUCAGGCGGUGGCAAAGCCAAAAAGAAGAAGUGGUCCAAAGGAAAAGUGCGCGACAAAUUGAACAACCAGGUGCUCUUUGACAAAUCAACUUAUGAGAAACUCUACAAAGAAGUUCCCUCCUACAAAUUGAUUACCCCAUCAGUGGUAUCUGAGCGUCUUAAGGUUCGUGGAUCUCUGGCAAGGAGGGCUCUUAUUGAACUUCAACAAAAAGGAUUAAUCAAACAAGUUGUACAGCACAGGGCACAACUUAUUUACACUAGGACCACAAAGGGUGAUGAUCCAGUUGCAUAAGUUUAAGAUAGAAUGUAUCUUUUAAUAAAAUGAAAUAAAAAUAAAUAAAAAGAACAAAAAAAAGAGUUCAAAACUUAAUUUCAUGAAAUUAUUUUCCUACAUUCCUAUGACAUUGAUUCCUAAAUUUGUACAGAUCAGCUGCAUGAAUCAUAUGUCCAAAUAUCACAACCCUCUCUAAUGACAAGUAGAAUGGGAUUGAUUAAAAAAAUUUUGUGAGUGAAAAACAUUUUAUUAGUUUUUGAAUAUAUCCACGGUAAUUGACAUAAAAUGUGGUUCUUUGACAAUAUGCAGGAGGGAUAUAAUAACUAGCGUCUGGAGAAAGGAGAAGAAAAUAAACAACAUAGUGGUAGAACCCCGCCAAGCACGGGCAAAGAUCACCUGUGCCCAUCACCUAGUGACGCGCGGCUGAUUAUACAUAUAUUAUUAUUAUCAAGU